AUGAAGAUUUUGAUGUUCUGGCUAACAUGGGCUUUUGCUCUAAGUUUUUCGUCUGUGGUUUCAGCUGCUAUAGUGGAACGUACUUUCACGGUUCAAAACAAGACGAUCAAACGGCUGUGCCAUGAACAAGUUAUUGUUACCGUAAAUGGCCUUUACCCUGGCCCAAAUCUGGAGGUCAGAGAAGGUGACUCAGUCAUUGUUCACGUAAUCAACAAUUCACCCUACAAUGUAACAAUUCAUUGGCAUGGAGUUUUUCAGCUUUUGAGUGCAUGGGCAGAUGGUCCUGAAUAUAUAACACAAUGUUCAAUUCGUCCUGAAAAAAACUAUACAUACAAAUUCAAAGUGACACAACAAGAAGGAACAUUGUGGUGGCAUGCUCAUGCAUCAGUUGUACGCGCAACAGUACAUGGUGCUUUUAUCAUUCGACCUCAUUCGGGUCGAUUUCCUUUUCCUAAACCUUACAAGGAAGUACCAAUAAUAUUAGGGGAUUGGUAUGAUGGAAAUGUUGAGGAGAUUGUCGAAAAAGAACUUGAAACUGGCGAUAAAAUAGCAUCUGAUGCUUUCACUAUCAAUGGUUUUCCGGGAGAUCUCUUCAAUUGUUCAAAAAAUGAUGUAUAUAACUUGAGAGUGAAGCAAGGGAAAACCUACUUGUUCCGAAUGGUCAAUGCAGCACUCAAUAACAAUCUUUUCUUCAAGAUAGCAAAUCACAACUUCACUGUUGUAGCCCUGGAUGCUGCAUACACCGAGCCUUAUAUCACCGACAUAAUCGUCCUCGCGGCCGGCCAAACCGCCGAUGUGCUUUUCACAGCCGAUCAACGCAGAGGUCCAUACUACAUGGCUGCAUCUCCUUAUGUUGUUGGCGAACCAGUACCGCUCUUUGACAAUACAACAACUCGAGGCAUUGUUGUUUACGACGGUUACAGAAAAUCAAAAACUUCACAAAUUAAGGCUUUGAUGCCAGCAUUGCCACUCCACAACAAUACACCAAUAGCUCACAAAUUCUUGAGCAACAUAACUGGUCUUGUGAAGGCUCCGCAUUGGGUACCUGUUCCACUUAAGGUGGAUGAGCACAUGUAUAUCACAAUUAACAUGGCUUUAGAACAUUGUCCUAAGAAUACCAAAUGCACAGGUCCACUAGGACAAAAAUUCUCAGCUAGCAUGAACAAUGAGUCCUUUUUGCUUCCUGUUGGAAAAGGGUUUUCUAUAAUGGAGGCAUAUUUCUACAAUGUGAGUGGUUUGUACACUACAGAUUUCCCUGAUAACCCUCCAAAAUUUUUUGACUUCACAGACCCGAAAAUAUUUUUCGAUGCUAAUGUUACAUUUGCGCCAAAAUCGACCAAGGUGAAGAAAUUCAAGUUCAACUCGACAGUUGAGAUUGUGUUUCAAAAUACAGCUAUUUUGAAUGCGCAAAGUCAUCCCAUGCACCUUCAUGGUAUGAAUUUUCAUGUUUUGGCUCAAGGGUUUGGGAUUUUCGAUCCGAAUAGAGAUAAAUUAAAGUACAAUUUUGUGAAUCCUUUAAUUCGCAACACGGUUGCUGUGCCAGUGGCAGGAUGGGCUGCUAUUAGAUUCCGAGCAAACAAUCCAGGGGUAUGGUUUUUGCAUUGUCACGUGGAUGAUCAUAACCUUUGGGGACUAGUGACGGCUUUCAUUGUUGAGAAUGGACCAACACCUUCAACUUCUCUUCCUCCACCACCUGCUGAUUUACCUAAAUGUUAA